CAAAUUUCCGUCCGCAACGGUAUUAGCAGAUCUUUGUCUCCCCCUUCACGCUAUUGAGCUAAACGAAGCCGGCGACAAGAUGUUCCGCAAUCAGUACGACACGGAUGUGACGGUGUGGAGUCCGCAGGGCCACCUGCACCAGAUCGACUAUGCUAUGGAGGCCGUAAAGCAGGGCAGCGCGUGUCUGGGCCUGACGUCCAACAAGUUUGCGGUGCUGUGCGGCAUCAAGCGCCAGAGUCUGGAGCUGGCCGAGCAUCAGAAGAAGGUCUUCAAGAUCGAUGAGCACAUGGGCAUCGCCAUCUCUGGACUCACAGCUGAUGCGCGCACGCUGGCGCGAUUCAUGCGCACAGAGAGCCUCAACCACAAGUUCGUGUACGGCAGCUCCAUCACUGUGGGGCGCUUGGUCUCGGACGUGGCGGACAAGAAGCAGGAAUGCACCCAGUCGUACAUCCGUCGCCCCUACGGUGUGGGGUUGCUGGUGGCUGGUGUUGACAAAAAAGGUGUGCACCUGUACCAGACGUGUCCGUCGGGUAACUACUAUGAGUACAAGGGCAUUGCCAUCGGCGCACGAUCGCAGUCGGCCCGCACGUAUCUGGAGAAGCACUUCGAGAGCUUCCCCAACUUGGGCAAGGACGAGCUCAUCCACCACGCACUGCAGGGCGUGCGUGGCUGCCUCCAGGGAGACCAGGAGCUCACGGCCGCUAACGUGACCAUCGCCGUGGUUGGCGUGGACCAGCCUUUCAAGAUCAUCGAGGGCGCCGAGCUGCAGCCUUACAUUGACGCUGUUGAAGUGUCGGACGUCAAGGAGGAUGAGGACGGUGACGCUAAGAUGGAAGAAUAAUCAGGAGAUGGAACUCAGCUGGAGGCACGAGAUCUGAUGAAGCUUGUGAUGGAGCCAUCGCUAGGUCAUUUGAUCGAGAUCCAGGCGGGGAGUUGCUGUUCCUCAGUGGAUCUCUCUCGCAUUUUAAGCCGCUGCAUGUGCAGAACUAAUUGCCUGCAGAGAGAAACACGCAACCAGUUUGAAAUACGAGUUCGAGCGUGGCUUAUUUCCGUCAGUGCAUUUGAAGUGUUGAUCUGAGCCGCUCUGGAGUAUUUAUUUAUAGG